CAAAACGAAGGGCAGAGAGUGGGCUUUACGAUCUCUCUAAACCCCGCGUUCCGAUAUCUCCACCUGACGGUGCUGCUUCUCGUUAGCGCGCGUCCUGUCCCAUUCAGUUCUUUAUCGUGCGUGUGUGCACUCCCGGCACACGCUCGUUCUUGCGCACUCUUCAACUCCUCGGCUCGCUGCUGCUGGCGGAUUUCCUGCACAUUUCGGAGUUCCACAUCGUGCGUCCGGGGUUCGAAUUUCGGCUUGGCUUCGGGUGGGAUUGACGGGCCCCAUGAGCCUUCAGGCUGCCAGCACCUCUUCUGCACUCAGCUGUUGACGCGCCGAUUUCAGGCGUCUGAUUGAUUAGAUUCGUGGUCGAGAUGGAGGCAGUGCACGUCCAGUCGCAGCUGCUGCAAUGCCCAUUCCUUUCCGACAAGAGUGGGCUGUUGAGACCUGGCAGGAGCACGCCGAAAGAAGUGAAGGACGGAGGAGGCGACUGUGGACGACGAGGGGAGAAGUUGGAAGUCGUGGUUGUCGGUGACAGAAGUGCGUGGGGCUCAGCUUCGAUGAAUGCCUCGUCUGCUUCUCGAGGGUGGUGCUUGGAGGCAUUGUCCGUGGCGCGGGCUUCCAUCGCGCGGAAUUCUGGGAGGAAAUUUGCAGGUUCUGUGGAAGGGUGGAGUCGGGGAUUCUCUGCGGCAGGGUUGAGGAAUCCUCAGGUCGACCGAAGUGAACGCGUGAAAUCGCGUGUCACCACCACCUUUGCCACGGAGGUUGCCGAGACAGCGUCUUCGACGUCAUAUCCCUUCUCGCUGGGCGUGGAAGAACCUUCUGGAAACGGAGCCUCAAGGGACCGUAGCUCCAAGAAGGACAAGGCAGGAGCAUCCAGCGUUUCCUCAGGUGUUCGACUCGAGCACAUCAGCAAGACUUACAAAGGGCAGCAAGUUUUGAAGGAUGUCAGCUGGGAAGUGAAGAAGGGAGAGAAGGUGGGGCUAGUAGGUGUGAAUGGCGCGGGGAAGACCACUCAGCUGAGAAUCAUAUCCGGUGAGGAAGAGGCUGACUCCGGUUCGGUAAUCAAAGUCAAUCAAAAGAUGAAAAUUGCCUUUUUGACUCAAGAGUUCGAGGUGGUUGCAAGUCGUACAGUGCGCGAAGAGUUUCUCAAUGCAUUUGGUGAGCAGAUGGAGAUAUCGAGGAAACUCGAGAAUGUACAAGUUGCCCUGGAGUCUGCCACAGAAGACAUGGACCUGAUGGCCAAAUUGCUUGAUGAACUCGAUAGGCUGCAGAGGCAAGCAGAAGCCGUAGACAUGUACGAUGUGGAUGUCAAAAUAAACAAGAUCAUGGCAGAAUUGGGAUUCACUCCGGAAGAUGGGGACCAAUUGGUGGCCGCGUUUAGUGGCGGUUGGCAGAUGAGGAUGUCAUUGGGGAAGAUUCUGCUGCAAGAGCCGGACUUGUUACUGCUAGAUGAGCCCACAAAUCACUUGGAUUUGGACACCAUUGAAUGGCUAGAAGGCUAUUUGAAAAAGCAGGACGUACCCAUGGUGCUUGUAUCCCAUGACCGAGCAUUCCUUGACCAGUUGUGCACCAAAAUUGUAGAGACUGAUAUGGGCGUCUCUCGAACUUUUGAGGGUAACUACUCUGAGUAUGUGCAGGCCAAAGCCGCAUGGAUAGAAACUCAGCGCAUGGCGUGGGAGAAGCAGCAAAAGGAAAUAAAUAAGGCCGAAGAGUUAGUUCAGCGACUCAGCGGGGGAGCCAAUUCUGGUCGAGCAACAUCUGCGGAAAAACAACUGGAGAGAAUCCAAGAGGGACAGUUGGUGGAGAAGCCCUUUGAGCACAAGCAACUGAAGUUCCGCUUUCCGGAGCUGGAACGCAGCGGGAAAACUGUGCUGGAAAUUGACAAUCUCUGCCAUCAGUACGAUGGGAAGUCUCUUUUCGACAAUGCCAAACUUUUGGUGGAAAGAGGAGAGAAGCUAGCUAUAAUUGGUCCCAAUGGAUGCGGAAAAAGCACUCUCUUGCGCUUCGUGAUGGGAAAUGAAGAUCCUACUUCCGGGGAUGUCGACCUAGGUGAGUACAGAGUUGUUCCUAACUAUUUUGAACAAAAUCAAGCAGAGGCUCUAGAUUCACAGAAAACAGUGCUUCAGAUAGUCGAAGAAGCAGCUGAAGAUUGGAAGCUCAAUGACAUCAAAGGGUUGCUGGGUAGAUGCAACUUCAAAGCCGACAUGAUGCAUCGGAAGGUGGAGUAUCUGAGUGGUGGUGAGAAGGCUCGUUUAGCAUUGUGCAAGUUUAUGGUUACGCCAUCCACCCUCCUUGUUCUCGAUGAACCCACCAACCACCUGGAUAUUCCUUCAAAAGAAAUGCUUGAAGAGGCCCUAAGGGAGUAUAAGGGCACUGUCUUAGCUGUUUCACACGAUCGAUACUUUCUUCGCCAAAUUGUGAACCGUGUGGUGGAGGUCAAAGACAGGAAACUGCAGGAUUACGUGGGUGAUUACAACUACUACUUGGAGCAGAACUUGGAGGCGAGGCAACAAGAGCUUGAUCGGGAGGAAGAGCUCGAUGCGAAGUCACCUACUGUGAAGGCCAAGUCCAAGAUGACCAAGGCCGAGAAACUUCUACAGAAGAAGCAAAAAGCCACAUCGUUCGCUCAGAGCAAAUCGAAGGGUAAGGUUGCAAAGAAUGCCAAACGAUGGAACUAGUAUGUUUAAUUCAUUCUUUACUCGAUUGGAGGGAAACGAGAGAAGGGUGGUUGGGGCCAUCAAGGCCCGAAACCAACCAUUGUAAAACAGAUGACCAUUGAAUCCCGAUACGGUUCCAAACGAUAGGUGCCGAUUGUGGAGUCGACUUUUAUUAGUUGCCAUACUGUCCCCCUUCAUUACAUGUACCGUAUCAAUUUAGACUUUAACGAUUGUAGAUUAGUCUCAGCAAAAGAAGUAGAUAUAUGUAGCCCCAUUAUGUACUUUUUUUGCCUUUUGUACAGUUCUUUAAAUUCAAACUUCGGGAGUUGGGUGGUGUCUUUGUAUCUAGCUCUUUUCUGAUUACAUUAAUUGCUAAUUACAUGCAAGUCCGUGACGAACUACUGCGAGACUCACUGUGGGGUACUGCAUGAGUCUGUUAACAUGCUUCUUUUUCUGGUUAUUUGCUUCGUAUCUUUUAGAGCUCUGCACGAUCUACAGUUUUUCACAUGGAAAUCCACAGUUAGUUAUUCGGAGUCAGUUUUAUCGUCUAUUCCAUUUGAGAGAAGAAAGUGUAAUAUGUCAGUGCAUUGAAUGUUUUGCGAGGGUGUAUCCAGGUUACUUAGUUGAGAUUCUCAGCUCUGAUGGCAAACGCUCUCCUGACAUGAUUGCAUCGUAGUAACCAAAAGUGAACUACAAUGUUUGUGUCACUAGCCUGUAAGAAGCAGUUGUGGAUUAGUGUGGUGGUCGAGUGAAGACGGUUAGAUUCUUGUGUAGAUGAGGGUAAGAUCGUUCCUCACAUUGGUUAUUCAACAUUGGCGAGGAGGGGUUACUUUUAAAGACCUGAAUAUAGACCAAUUAUCACGAUUACG